AUGGAGCGGGGUGCAGCUGCUGGGAGGAGCUCCGCCGAGGCCCGAGGCCCCAUGGCCCCCGGAGCUGGAGCGCCCGAGGACUCUGGCAAUGUGAAGGCUUCGCCUUCAGGUGAAAAGUCUGACCUUAUUGUGGCCGUUGUGACAGAACCUCGGUUUACACAGUGUUGCAGGGAAUAUCUGGAGAAGCAACAGCUCUUGGAUAGGCAGCACCGCGUGAAGCAACUGCCUGAUGGUACCAUGGCACUACCUGUUCUGGGAGAGACCCUCAGUGAAUGGCACCUACGAGCACUGAGGCAGCAAGGGGCCCCAGGGAGCACCUGCAGGCUGGCACGGAUCCCGAAACCUGUUCCCUCCAAGAAAGCUCAGAGCUCUUCUCCUGGUCAGAAGCUACGUCAGGAUGUGCAGUGUCUAGUGGAAAGCCAGGGGCACACAUGGUCAGCCGAACUAGAGAAAGAUCUUCCCCACUCCUGGCAAUGUCAUGGUGACCUCCUCCUGCUUAGCGAGGACAGCUUCAAAGCCACUUAUUGGAAAAAACUGGAACCAAGACUCUGGAACACUGUUGCCUCUGCCCUGGGAGGCUCGCGUUUGGCAAAACGAGGACGCGUGUUGCCAGAUGGGACACGAACUCCCAAAGUAAUCCUGCUUCUGGGUGAUCAUGGCUGGGUGGAGCAUGUGGAUAAUGGAAUCAGGUACACGUUUGAUGUGACCCAAAGCAUGUUCUCCUUUGGAAACAUCACUGAGAAACUGCGGGUAGCAUCAAUGUCCUGUGCUGGAGAAGUGCUGGUGGAUCUCUAUGCAGGGAUUGGUUACUUCACCUUGCCAUUUCUGAUUCAUGCAAAUGCUGCCUUUGUCCAUGCCUGUGAGUGGGACCCACAUGCUGCAGCAGCCUUGAAGAAGAACCUGGAGCUCAAUGGUGUGGCUGAUCGCUGCUGUAUUCACAUGGGCGAUAACAGGAAGGUGAGGGAGCAGAGUUGA